CACUCCUCCUGCGGCUGCGUUCUCUUUCCCCACGAACCCUAGCCGGCCGAACCCUCCGCCGCCGGUCCCUCCCGGAGCUCCGCCGCCGACCAGUCCACAGGCAGCAGCAGGUGUUUGUGAUAAUGCUUGCAGGGGCGAACGCUUCCAAAUUGCAGUUUGAGUUUGGUUUCAGAUGCGCACAUGUUUUGGUUUAGAAAUGCUAGCAAUGAAGCAUGCAAUGACUGAUGAUAUAUGUAUAUGAAAAAGGAGGACAAGAUUAAGUUGUUUUAUCUGCUUCGCCUUGACCUGAAACCAAAGCUUAGCAAUGAGCAGUUAGUAUCUUCUUUUUUUUACUAAUUUCAUAAAGUUCAUUCUUCUUCAACCUGCAGGUUAUUUCCUGGAGAGUCUCGAGCAAUGAGCAGCCAACUGCCGCCACUGCCGCCGGCUGCGCCAGCAGCGAAACCUCCGUCGAUCCCCUCCACGGCCACUACCACUACUCUCGCUACCGCCGCCGAUGGAACCACCACCAUAUCCUUGCUUGGCCAAGACCAGCUCCUCGAGAUCUUCCUCCGCCUGCCGAGCCUGCCGGCCCUCGCCCGUGCCGCGCUCACUUGCCGCUCGUGGCUCGGCGCCGUCCGCUCCUCCCGGUCCUUCCGCAGCCUCUUCCGCGCCCUCCACCCGGCGCCCCUCGUUGGGAUCUUCCUCGAACUCGACGAGGGCGCCGUCCGAUCCUUCGCCCCCUUCCGCUGCUCAGAUCCCGACGUCACCGCCGCACUCCGCCGCGGCGACUUCUUCCUCACCUCCCUCACUGCCGAGGACGACCCGCACGCCGUCUGCUGGGAAAUGAUGGACUGCCGCGACGGUUACAUCCUCCUGUGGAACAUGGUGUCCGUCGCUGUCAUGAACCCUAUGACCUGGGCCGUGAACAUCAUCCCGGUGCCCGAGGAGGCUAGAGAAGGCAGUCUCCUUGAUUCCGCCUCCGUUGAGUUCCAUCUGCUGUCUUCAGAGGAGAACCCCUGGUCGUUCAGCGUGGUCUUCUUGUGCGCACACAUAUCUAGGCUUCAGGCCAUCGUCUUCUCGUCGGAAACGAGGGAUUGGGUCGUCCACCCUUGGAUGGAAAUCGGCGGUGAAUUCAGCAUGAUGUUCAGUGCUGCCACACUGCUGGGUGGUUAUAUUUAUCGGCCUCUCUAUGGCGAAGGACGCGUGAUCAGGAUAAACAUAGCCACCAUGGAUGUCUCCUCUCUGUAUCUACCCUCGUUGGCAACAGACGGUGUUUCCAUGGGGGAUACCGAGGAUGGAAAGCUCUGCAUGGUCUAUGCAUCAACUGAUGAUCUUCUUCUCCAUGUUUGGAUCCGCAGCGGGGACGGCGAUGGGAUCGAGAGCUGGGUGCUGCAGGACGUAAUCUCUUUGAGGGCAGAAAUUGAUGAGAUCACUCCUACCCCCUGGGAGUGGCAGGACCAAGUCACAAUUGUGGAAGUCAGGCCUGGAUGUGUGUACUUCUCCAUGACGUGCAUAACUGAUGGCACAGAGCGCAUCUGGUUCUUCUACCUUUCAAUUAAGACCAUGGAGAUUGAGUUGCUGAUGCAAGUCACGUCUCAUGACUAUGCAUGUCCAUAUACUAUGGCUUGGCCUCCUUGUUUGAUUGGUGAUGACAGGAGCACGAAACAUGAGGCUGAAGGAUCCGGCAGUUGUUUGCUGAAGUCCAGUAAUUCUACCAAGCAGAAGCGCAAGUCGUCGAGCCCCGUCGGCCUAGCCAUCGAUUUCAACAGUGCUGAUGCGUCGAGGCAGCCCUUGCAGCCAAACUCUCCAGACUGCAGGUUGCACAAGAAGUGAAGCCGGCCAGCCUGACAUUCUCUUCUGCAUGGCUUGAACUGAAGUGAACUGAACAUCCAUAUCCUCCAGACUGAACUGAACAUUCAUCUCCAGACUGCUGUGGCUUGCUGUUUGCCUGAUGGAUCUGACUAACUCAGCUGGGUUAAUUUGGUUGGUUCUUGUCGGUAGAACCUCCUCAGUCAUAUGUAGUCUGCACUUCCCAUUUUCUUCGUCCGCUUGUCGUGGUAGCUGCCUGUGUCUAUGUGGUCAGUCCGUCGUGUCUCUAUAUCAACCCUUAUCAGAGACUGCUAUGGUAGCGCUAAUCAACCCUUAUCGUGGUCAGUCCGUCGUGUCUCUAUAUCAUUUGUGUGUUCCCUCGGCUGUCGAUACCGCGUUUGUUUACCGGAAGGGUAAGCUUGUGUCAGGCAGAUGUGUUGGGCAUCCGGAAAAUGCUAUCCAUCUCAGUGAACCCUUUGGCCCUAUACUGUGAUAUUAGUUGAUGUAGUCGUUACUAGCUGCUCUCUUAUCCAUGACACAUCUGCAGCGUCAAAUCUCAUCUUGUUGUGUGCUGUGCUGUGCUGUUGUCGAGUUGCCUUGCCUGUAGCUGCAGCAGAGUUACUUUGGUGCUUUAGGAUCUCUGCUGCCUGAUUCCCUGAUGCUUAAGUGACGUGUAUUUCGCAUCAGAUUGUUAGUGGCAUCUUCUCAUAGUAUCCAUGCAUGCAUCAGUCUUUCUUUCUUUCUUUCUUUCUUUGACAAUGUAUAAGAUUCCAAGGCUUGCCAUUUCUAUUUGAUGCCAUUCGUUCACAAUGAAACUCCAGAACAGAACGGAUGGUGUAUCGGCAACAAGAUUUUAG